UUCUAGUCCAUUCCGCGCCACACCACUAGGGGGUGCUGGUGAGAAUUACAGCUCUGAUUGCAGGACUGUGGAAGAAGUGUGCGCUCCAGAAGCACAUGUGAGAGUUUACAGUGAGACCUACAGGAAGCAGUGAAGAUGACGUCAUUAGCGCACCAGUUGAAGCGGCUGGCUUUGCCGCAGAGUGACCCGAGUCUGCUGAGCCGGAGCCGGGUCGCCUCGGUCCUCUUUAACCCUAAAGAUGCUGCCAGCAUGGACAGAAGCACGAUCUAUGCCCUGGGUUGUACAGGGCUCGAUGAGCUGCUGGGUAUUGAGCCAGCGUUCGCAGAGUUUCAGGAAACGCUCUUCAGUCAGGCUUGUAAGCUUGAGCGCAGUGUGCAGUCCAAGGAGGUUAACCAGAAACUAGACAAGGACAUCUCGCUGUUCCUCACUCGUCUGUCUCCAUACUUCCUGCUCAAGCCUGCACUCAAGUGUCUGGAGUGGCUCGUUCACAGGUUCCACAUUCACUUGUACAACCAGGACAGUCUGAUUGCUUGCGUGUUGCCGUUUCACGAGACCAAAGUGUUUGUACGAGUCAUUCAGCUUUUGAAGAUCCCGGAUCCCACACACAGGUGGCACUGGCUACAUGCGCUACAGAAACCUGGAGUACCUUUGGCAAGAGGGACUCUCCUGACUCACUGUUAUAAAGAUCUAGGUUUCAUGGAUUUCAUCUGCACCCUGGUGACAAAGUCGGUUGAGGCCUAUGCACAGUCUGUUCACGACGGAAAAUGUGCACAGCUGCGAGUGAUUUUUUCCUUUUAUUCGGCGACCAUUGUUCCCUCACUGGAGGCAGUGGAGAAAGUCACGGAUUCUAUCAUAGCGAAGUUACUUCCUUAUCUACAACUGGGCCUGAAAUCUGAGCUUUUGGAUUACAAAGCUGCAACAUAUAUGAUUGUGUGCCAGCUUGCGGUGAAGGUUGUGAUGCAGCCAGAGCUGCUGGACUCACUGGCACGACAAGUGAGUAGGUCAGUGACUAGAGCUCCAGUGCUGACGUCUGAAGGCUUGUCGUGCCUCAUUAUCCUCCUCCAGAACCAGAAGAAAAGUGUCAUCGGACAAAAGACAUUUCAGUACCUCUGUGAAGUUCCCUCUCUGGUGUCCACCUUGCAGUGUAUUGCAGCCUCCUAUGAUAUCAGUCCUUUGCUGCACUACUUCCUGCCAAAGCUCACUAAUGUGGUCAUCACACAAAAUGAUGACCUGGGAAACGAAGACUCGCAAGGAGCUUCAUACUGCCGCCUUCUGAAAUCAGUCAUUGAGAACCUUCCCUUGAGCACCGACUUGGCGAACACGGUGGCACGACUUCUCCUUGAGGGAUACAUGUGCUGUGGGGCAGAGCUCAGAUCAGACAAGCUCUCCUCUUUUAAUCAGAAGGUCCAAGGGGUUGUCAGGCUCUUUGAGAACAAGUAUCCUGGAGCUCUGGAUGCAGUCCUGGUGGGUUGUGUGGGUGAGAUGGGCUCAGCUCAGCAGAAGAACCUCCUCCAUCAGUUCCUCUCACUUACCUUGUGCUGUGGCAAGCACCAGUUUCUGGCAAACUCGGACACCUCUCUGAUCCUCAGUCUUAAACACCCCGUGUCUUCUGUGAGGACCAUGGCUAUAGAAUACAUGAAAGAGAUUCUCACCUCCGGACAGGAGGGCUUUGAUGAGGCAUUCCUGAAGGAUGCUUUGCUUGAGAGGUUGAAGGAUGAUGUGCCUGAUGUCGUGCUGUCAGCUCUGUCGGCAAUGCGGCUGUAUCUCGGACGCAUGGAUUUAGAGGACACGAUUCCUUGUUUGAUUUCUCUUCUACACCGCGUCCAGCCGUCGGAUUCUGAGCACUGGAACUCAGUAUUAAAGGAGGCGGUUCGAGUACUUGAUGACCUGCCCAUCAGGGAUGCGAACUCUGAUCUCAGAGCCCAAAUUAGCUGCGAGCUGUUACCCUUCCUGCUAAUAACAAAUCCAGCACCUGAGUCAGCAGAACUGAAACUGGCAUUGUGUGUCGCUGAGACGCAUCUUCUAUCCCAGCAUCCGCUCACCCAGGGCUGGGUCGAAGUGUUACAGGGGGUGCUGAAGAAAACUUCAUCUUCAGAUGUUAUCCGAGUGGCCAAUCAGAUGCUCAUCAGCACUCUGACUAAAAACCUGGCCCGCAUGGAUCCGUCCACUAAACGCAAUGCUAUCGAGCGUGUGUGUGCGUUGCUGGCCAAGCAGGGUUCUGGAGAGCGAGAGAGGGCAGCGUUCGUGGUGUUGAUUUGUGCUCUUCUCCAGACUCUGGAUUCUCUGAAUGAGAGCACACACCUCCACACAGCUCAGAUACUCUUCAGACUGCUCAAACCAUCACUGAGAGAACUCAACACGCUACAGACUGAGCUGUAUGUGGACCAGGACGAAACCCCUCAGGCCAUGUAUGAGGUACUUGCAGACUUUUUACUUGAAAUGCACACGGGAGAAAAUACGGAAAAGAAAUACAGCUUGUUGGUCCUCUCGCUCCUCCAACACUUCAUCAACAACCUCAAAUGUCCCGAGGCUACAUUUAAAGAUGAACUCUGGUGGAACCCUGAGAAGCUCGACAUGAAUACCUGCUGUUACCUGCAGCUGCUGUGCCACCUGUUUGACACAGCGGUGUCUGGGGCUAGUCAGGGACCCUUGACCUUCAGUUUUCGAGCCCUCUUGCAUUCCUUAUUUGAGGUCCACCUGAGUGACCCUGAGCAUCUCUUUAAGUUUCUGUCUCUGCUGUGGGGCUACAGCAGUAAUCUUAGCGACCAGUUAGAGAUCCGUGUGACAGCGUUGUUGCAGACACAGGCACUGUAUGUGGGCAAAGUUCUGCUGACCACUCUCCCCGCAAAAAAGCUCAAAGUCCUGGUCUCACCUUCUUCACCAGUGGUGCCAUCGCUCUUGGGAUGUCUGAGUUGUGCUGUGAGGGAGGUGAGGAGAGCAGCCGUGGCAGUGUUGCAACCACUUGCAGGAGUCGUCACCUCUCCAUACCACCCUGUGUUAGAGAAGCUGCUCGCAUCGGCUGAAGAGCUCAUUGCUGAUCCAGCCUACCUCACUCAGGCACUGUCUGUACUUUACGACGAAGCCGUUUCGAUGACUGGAAAGAACAAAAACAAGCUGCUCUCAGCAAUAGAGCAGCUUUUACACUGUGUGAGAUCUCCUGACUGCCCCAGCUACAUGGCCAAAGUAUUGCUGCGAGCACUGCAAGACGUAAAUGGAGAGUAUGUUUUGGCCAAUCUCCUCCCAUCCAUCGAACAUUUGAUGGAGCAGUGUGCUCCAGACACUCCAGUUUUUCUGCCAGAUGAGGCUCUGUUCCUUCAGUUGCUUCUGGGCAAGUACAACGAAGCUUCUGCUCCUCUACUUGUUCGAGAUGCUAAAAGCCUGGAGCUUUUUAUCACCGCAAUGGGCAAUUCCUCGAAACCCUACUCACACAUGGACAGUUUUCAGAUCAUUGCCAUGGAGCAGAUCACUAAGCAGUUCUUUAUGGCCCUGGGAGACGAGAACAUUCAGCAGAGGAUUCUGGGAGUGCUUUUCGAUCUGCUGGUGGACAAUAAAAACCCAACUUGCUCUCAGACCAUCAGUAGUGUCUUCAAAGGGAUUGCUGUGGAUGCAGAGUUGGUAGCAAACGAACUGAUGCCUAUUGACAAGCCAAAAAUAUCAGUGAGUGUGCAGCAAACUCGCCGGAGCAAGGUCCAGCCCAAGAAAGCACAGGAUGCUCCACCAGAUGCUGGAGAGGUGUCCUGGCCGAGGGUCACCUUUAUUUUGGAGCUUCUACAGCACAAGAAGAAGCUAAAGAGGGCUCAGAUGUUGGUGCCAGCUCUUUUUAGUCUUCUCUCCAGAUGUUUGGAGGUGUCGACUGAGCAAGAAAAUAUGGAGUACACCAAACAGCUUCUCCUCAAUGUUCUCCUCAAUGUCUGCCAGAAGCUCUCUCCACAGGGUGGACCAAUCAGCAAGGACAUCUUGGAUGAAGAUAAGUUUAGCGUAGAGCUUGUUGUUCAGUGUGUGAGGACGUCGAACACGCCUCAAACGCACCACCAUGCGCUGCUGCUGCUGGGAACUGCAGCCGGCAUCUUCCCAGAGAAAGUUCUGCACAACAUCAUGCCAAUAUUUACUUUUAUGGGGGCCAACAUUAUGCGCCUUGAUGACAUCUACAGCUUCCAGAUCAUCAACAGGACAGUGCAGAUGGUCAUCCCGGCUCUGAUUAAUGCUCAUGGCGGAGGGAGUGCUCAGCCAGAGGGGCAAAUGCAAGUCGUGGUGACGCGUAUCAUCCACGUUUUUGUUGACGCUCUCCCACACGUUCCUGAGCACAGACGUGUGCCCAUUCUCAAGCAGCUACUGGGCACACUGGGGCCUGCACAUUUCCUCUGGGUCUUAAUGCUGCUCCUGUUCAAACAACAUGCCACCAGUGGUGCUACCAGCAGCACAGGACCUGAGAAGGAAACAGCACUGGAGCACGAUCAAGAGUUCUGGGGAUUGCUGUGUUGCGAGUUUACAGUUCAUGAGCAGCUUACAACCCUUAAUAAAAUUCUACACUUCCUUAUGACCCUCCCAAAAGAAAAAGAGGACGUCCCGGAGCAGAGACGGACAAUACGAACAAUACACAAAAACCCUGAGGAAAAUGCUGUAGAUUUGGUUUUUAACGUAGAAGCCCAUAGUGGAAAAGAGCUCCGGCAUUUUAAGUUCCUGUCUGUGUCCUUCAUGAGCCAGCUUCUAGCCUCCAGCAGCUUUGUUGGAAAGGUGGCUGAUUGUGAGGAUUUAACCGACAGCUCUCUGCAGGAGCUUCAGCAAAGCCUGUUGGAGAAAAAUCUGCAGUACAUCCACACUGUGGCUCAGUGUGUUGAGGAGAACUCGGACAAACCCACAGCCAAGUUUUGGAGAGCACUGCUUAACAAGUCCUACGACGUUUUGGAUAAGGUGAACGCCCUCCUCCCUACCGACACUUUCAUCAUGGUGGUGCGGGGCCUGAUGGGUAAUCAGCUGCCGUCAGUGAGGAGAAAAGCAAUGGAGCUGCUGAACAACAGAUUACAGCAGAGGACUCAGUUGGAGGAGAAGCAGGUGGAUGUGCUGCUGAAACUGAUUGAUGACCUCUUGAGCAUCGUGGGACGGGGUUGUGGCCAGACUGAAGGACAAGAAGAAGAAGAGCAAGCCAUUAACCGGCAGACAGCCCUGUAUAGCCUAAAGCUGCUGUGCCGCAGCUUCGGGAGCCAACACCAGACGAAGUUCUUACCCGUCUUGAGUCGGACGGUGGAGUUGGUGGAAAACACCAAGGAAGAAAGAAAUGUUUUGAGCAGCGCUUUGCUCUGUGUGGCCGAGGUCACUAGCACGCUGAAGGCCCUCGCCAUCACCCAAGUUCACAGGUUAAUGCCAGCGAUUCUACAGGCCCUGAAGAAGCGUAAGGAUCUUCUGUCUACAGAGGUGUAUCUGUUAAGUGCAGUUACAGCCUUACAGAAAACAGCUGAAACUCUCCCUCAUUUCAUCAGCCCUUACCUGGAGGACACUGUAUCGCAGGUAGCACAUCUCACAGGGGUUGCUGAGCGUCUCUCCACCUGCCCUCAACUGACUGUUAGACUCUUCCUGAGUUCCACACUCGCAACCAAGGUGCCCCCAAGGGUUCUUCUGCCCACACUGGCACGGUGCUAUAACAGCAUGGUGGACUCUCAGCAGCACCAUCUUCAUCCUCUGAUGAACAUCCUGAAAGAGCACAUUGGACAUAUGGAAAAGGAUGAGCUCAACUCCCACCAUUCAGAACUUACCUCCUUCUUCUUGUCAGCAUUGGACUUCCGUACUAAACACCAUCAGGGAGAUCUGGAAAAGACGUCUGAAAUCGAGGGCUGUGUCAUAGACUGUCUUCUUGUGAUGGUAAUGAAGCUUUCUGAGGUCACAUUUAGACCACUAUUUUUCAAGCUUUUUGACUGGAGUAAAACAGAAGGAGCACCUAAGGACCGAAUGUUGACCUUCUGCAGGCUAGUUGAUUGUAUUGCAGACAGACUGAAGGGCUUGUUUGUACUGUUUGCUGGCCAGCUGGUGAAACUAUUUUCAGACCUUCUUCGCCAACUCCAUACUGCCCACACUGACAAGGCCUUCUUUGAAGAUGAAGAUGAUGCUUUGCAGAAGAGCAGUCUUUUGCUGCAAUAUACACUGGACUGCCUCCAUAAGAUCUUUCUGUAUGACACACAACGAUUCAUCAGCAAAGAAAGAGCAGAUACCCUCCUGGUCCCUCUGGUAGAUCAGUUGGAGAACAUGUUGGGCGGAGAGCAGGUCUACCAGACCCGAGUCAUUCAGCACUUGGUUCCGUGUGUAGCCCAGUUCUCUGUUGCCAUGGGUGAUGACUCUCAGUGGAAAGUUCUCAACUACCAGAUCCUGCUGAAAACACGGCAUAACAGUCCCAAGGUGCGCUUCUCGGCACUGCUGACGUUGGUUGAGUUGGCAAGCAAACUGAAGGAGAACUACAUGGUGCUUCUACCAGAGAGCAUCCCGUUCCUGGCUGAGCUAAUGGAAGAUGAAUGCGAGGAGGUGGAACACCAGGUGCAAAAGACUAUUCAGGAGUUGGAGACGAUCCUGGGAGAAUCCUUGCAGAGCUACUUUUAAUACUCAUAUCUGACCGCACAAAAGAGACCACUUUGAAUUAUAACUUGAGCUUCAGUGGCCUCUGUGUACACCUUAUACAACAAAUGAUCUUUUGUGCACUUCUGGUAAAAAAAAAUAAAUAAAUAAAAAUAAUGUGACAUCUGAA